AUGGUCGGCUUUCGGCCGACACUCUCCACACAGGACGCCAUGUUACUUACAAAGAGGCAAAUCAUUGAUGACGACACUAGAGACACUCGGGGCAUCCUUGCUCUAGACUUGUCCGAGGCUUUUCAUAACAUCUCGCCCCGGUUCGUGCUAGACGCCAUCUCGGACCUGGGCCUGGGGCCACGAUUCCAUGCGUACGUUAGCUCCUUCCUGAGGGAUCGAAAGGCAACUGUCAAAAUAGGGCAAAUCAAAUCCAAGGAAUUUACAUUGGGAGCGAGAGGCACCCCGCAAGGGGCGGUCAUCUCUCCCCUACUGUUUAGCAUCGCCAUGAAGGGCCUCUCGGACAGACUGGCCACAGUAAGAGGAACGGGUCAUGCCCUCUAUGCGGGUGAUAUUGUUACGUAG